AUGGACGCCUCGGCCGCCUCGUUGAUCACUACGGUCAACAAGGGAAGACUGUCGCUAACAGACGUCUUCGUUUUUCGGCUGAACUUUGCGCAGCCGGAAAAAAAAAUGAAGAAAUUUCCGUUUGUUAACUUUCCAAAGUGCCUUGGCAUGUCGGAGGGCUGUUUGAAAGAAACACCUGUUUCUGAUGUUUGCAGUUAUUUUUUCCUUCCUCAUCAUUGCUACAAAGUUGUAGCCUAGGAGACGUGCGACGCAAGUUUUUGGGAGUUUCCAAGGAUAAAAUAAGCUCUUUUUUGAUAAUACGAUUUUUUGAUAAGGGUUAAAGUUUAGGCUGGAAUUUUUUCAAAAAAAAAACCUUGAAAUACUGAGAAAAAUUUUUUUCAGUUUGAGAGUGAUUUGAAUAAUGAAAGCUAAAUCUAAUUUAAAUCGAGAAUAACUGUGACUGUUUGAAACUUUCAGUUGAAGUGAAAUUUAUAUUAAAACUGAAAAACAUGUCCUUUUACUGAAGAAAAAGUCUCAAAGAAGUCCUUUUUUUCUUAUUCUCCCGGAAAGUCAAAUUGACAUAAAGAAUUUUUCAUGUCAAAGAUCUUCACGAAAAGUCACAAACAACAUACUUAUUAAGAAACCGAAAUGCAGUCUUUAAAAUCGAUAGGCUCAAAAUAUCGCUACGGGUAUGCACUGAUUUUAAGCACUACAACGAGCGAGAGGAAAUCGAUUCGUUAAAACAGUUAUUUUAAGCUAGUUGAGUUUUUCCUCGCCGUAGAGAUUCAGUGGACACGUAAAAAUGAUUCCUAGCCAAAAAGCCAACAUUUAAAAAAUUAAACAUCCAGGGCUCGACGAGAACUGGGUCCGACAGUCGGACGUCGGCCUUCCGAAGCCCGACGUCGUGCUCUUCUUUCGACGUCAGCUCUGAAGUGGCCAGACAACGUGGGGGAUUCGGAGCGGAACGACUCGAAUGUGAAACUCUUCAGCAGAAGGUCGCGGCAAGAAUGAAGGCGUUGCGGUCGGAAAAUUGGAAAGUUUGUGGAAAGGGGUUGAUGUUGAUUGAUUUCGCAAUCUCUGCAGACGGUGAAUGCCGACGGAACUUUGGACGAGGUCGAACUUCUGGUCCGCAACCUCUAUCAGAACAUUGACCGUUCCCAGCCUCUGACUAGCCUCGAUUCGAUUUGA